GUGAAGAAGAAGAAAACGGUGGUUUUUUGUUUUCUUUUGGGCCUACCGAAAGAGCCUCCCUUGCAUUUAUCCUCCUGGAACGGUGUCGUUUAGGUUAAGUGACAAAAACGGUGCGUUUUAUACCUCUUUCGGGAAACCACCGCCCAUGCCUCUCUGUUGAUGCUGGCUUCAUUUCAUUUUCCUCUAUUCUCCAAAUCUCCGAUCUCCAAUCUCGUCAACACUCCCGCAGAUAUCCAUGGCAGGUUGUAGCAUCAGAGCUCUCUGGAUUCUUAACAAUUUCGACUCCGUCGUCUUCUCCAGGAGGUUUCCAGUGGUUGAGAGGCAAUGGCGCACUGCUUGCAAGGCUGAGAAUGAAAACUCGAGCAACGAUAAUCUUAAUUACACUGUAUACCCUUUACUUCCAACUGAUUCAGAGCUGGCUGCUGCUUUUGUGGAGAGAAAGAAGCGGGAGGGAUCAGCGCGUGGGUUUGGCAUACGUGUAACUCAGUCAGCAGAAGGAUCAGAUUCCUGGGUUGAUGAUCCAAUUACACGUCAUAUAAUAAGCCUUUUUAUUAACAAAGAUGAGGAACGAGAGAAUAAUAUGUUAUGGCCAUUAAUUUUGCAUAUGAAAGGCCAUUAUUGCAUCCUUGUAUUGCCUUUAGUUGAACCCCAACAUUUAAAAGCAUAUGCAGGAGUAUGUAGAAGAUCUGAUUGUGGAAAUGCCAUUGGAGUGCCUGGAAGCUUAUCAUCUCUCCUGUUUGACCUUCCAUCCAUCACAGGGGCAUGUAUGGUUGCACAUGCUAUUGGUGAUGUAAUCACUGGAGAUGUUGUAGAACCAGAGGUAGUUGUAAGUGCGUCUCCCUCUGUAGGAGGAUUGCUGGAUUCACUAACUGGCAGUAUAGGGAUAUCGGGCAUCUCUACAAGAACCAAACCUGUAGCUGCACCAGUUGCAGCUUCCACUACUUCCAGCACUGCUGUGAUUGGAGCUGUUACAUCAGAUGCUCCAAAGUUUGGUUCAAGGCCCCUAGACAAAGAUGCACUUCGAACUUUCAUAAAUAGCUCAAUGCCCUUUGGCACUCCCUUGGAUCUCAGCUACUCCAAUAUUUUUGCUAUUAAGGUUAAUGGCUUUUCUUCCUCAGAUUUGCCUCUGCCAGAUCUCAAGCAACCAGCAUGGAAGCCAUAUCUCUACAAAGGAAAGCAGAGAAUGCUGUUCACUAUUCAUGAGACAGUUCAUGCUGCUAUGUAUGACCGGGAUGAGAUUCCAGAUAGCAUAUCAAUUUCUGGUCAAGUAAAUUGUCGUGCAGAAUUGGAAGGAUUGCCUGAUGUGUCAUUCCCCUUGACAGGGUUGAACAAGGCUGGCAUUGAGGUUUUAUCCUUCCAUCCUUGUGCUCAAGUUCCAGAACAAGGUGUGGAUAAGCAGGCUGUAAUGUUUUCGCCCCCCUUAGGUAAUUUUGUUUUAAUGCAUUAUCAGGCAUUUUGUGGCCUUGGACCUCCAGUAAAGGGAUUUUACCAGCUUUCAAUGGUCUCAGAAGAUGAAGGUGCAUUUUUAUUCAAGUUGUGCUUGAUGGAAGGUUAUAAAGCACCUCUAACAAUGGAGUUUUGUACUGUGACAAUGCCUUUCCCGAGGCGAAGGGUGGUUUCUUUUGAUGGAACUCCUUCUAUUGGAACAGUUUCAACUACAGAACACUUAGUUGAAUGGAAAAUCAUAACAGGUGGACGAGGUCUCACUGGGAGAAGUAUUGAGGCAACUUUUCCUGGAACAAUUAAGUUUGCACCAUGGCAAAUCCAAAGAUUGCCUUCCUCUAGGUCAUUCUUAGGAGCCGAUGAGGAUAGUGAUUUUGAAACAGAUAGUACUAAUAAUAUGGUAAAUGUUGAAGAAUUUCUAAUGGAGAAAAUGAGCAAGGAUCUUCCACCAGCAGAUUUGGAGGAGCCAUUUUGCUGGCAGGCUUACAACUAUGCUAAAGUGACUUUCAAAAUUGUGGGGGCAUCAUUGUCUGGAAUGUCUAUUGAUCCUAAAUCUGUAAGCAUCUAUCCGGCUGUUAAAGCACCAGUGGAGUUCUCAAGUCAGGUUACUUCCGGGGAUUACAUUUUGUGGAAUACAUUGGGGAAAUGCCCAUUUGCUGCAACAGUAAAAGUAUAGAGGACGGAUGGCAAGUCAGGGGUGUAAAAAGAUACACAUUUUGAUGGGAAAAGAUGCCUUGGGCGGUAUAAUGGACUAAACCCUGGUUUGUUGUGAGAAUCAUUUGCUGGGGUAGUCAACUUUGCCAUGCUUUGUCCAUUGACUUGGUAAUUGCUCCAGGCAUAAAUAGCCCCAAGAGUUCAGACGUCAAUUUUACAAAUAAGAGCAGAAAGAAGUUACAAAGAUGGGUUUUGAUAUCUUGGUGUGAUUUAUUAUAAUUAAGUUAAAUUGCUUCCAGACAUUUUAUGAUUCCAAAAUGGUUUUGUUCAUGUGACCCAUCCUGCUCCAUUUUUGGUUUUGGGACAAUAUUACUAGCAAAGUGAGUACUGUAACUGAAAUAAUCUGCUGAAAUUUACUCAGGCAAGCUGAUGGUUGGUUCCAUUUAUCCUC